CAUUGUUUGUCUUGAUGCCGUGCCUCCCAUCACAAAAUCACUGCAUUGCGCGAGCACACGGUCCAGCUGCUGGCGUUGUUUACCCUUUGUGGUUCCCUUUUUUCCCUUAGCUCCAUCCCAACGUCCCUAUCCAAGGGAAGAAAAAAAACACAAACACAAAUUUCAAGUAGUGUGUAGAACCCUCCAACUCGCAACACAAGUGGGAGAUGGUGCAGAAGAUGAAAUAAUCAGGACAUUGCCCGAAUCAACCCAUCAACCCAUCCAGAACCGGUUUUUCGACCAUCUACGGCUUUACCUGCUCCGACGGUACGUAAUCGCGUGCGAAGGAAAGGCAAAGUGGGUGCCUACCGAAAACCGGCCAGCAGAUCCGGCGAACCGUCGGAAGUUGGUGACCCUCGUAGGUGCCACGGGACGCACACACAGCACACACCGAUUAAGGUUCGUUAACCACCAAGGCAUCAACGAGUCUUUCCAAUUGCACCAAACAACGCUUAGAGAGGGGGAGUGAACGGGCAAGAAGUGAAAGUUUGUUGUAGUAUAGUACCGCCCUUUUACAAACUAUCAAGCUGUUCGAUUAUCUCCAGCAGUCUUCGAGGCAGCGACAGCAGGAUGGCUGAAGUACAAUAUCUUGUGACGGCAUUAUUUGCUCUAUUUGUUUGCACUGGAAUCGGAGUCCACUCGGAGGGCGAAGCCGUAUGGGGCUACCAGUGCAAGAACGAUCGCUGCGUCAAAACGCCCAUCUCGGAGGAAUCAUACCCAGCGGCGAACGCCAUCAGCCUACCAGCAUGUCGGCUGUUCUGCGGCGAAGGGGCGGGCCUCCUCUGGCCACAGCCAACCGGGCAGCUGGCGGUGGAGAACGAGCUCGCCCACAUCGACCCCGACCAGGUGUGGUUCCAGUGGGACGAAAAGCUGACCCAGCUCGUCGGUCUGUGGGAAGCGAACAGGGACCGUUUCCGCAGCCAGCUGAAAAAGCGUGCCCAGGGCGCGGCGCUCAAACCCGGCGGCAAGGCGGUGCGCAUCAAGCUGAACGUUACGGAUGACUCGCUCGCGCUAAACUACGAAACCGACGAAAGUUACUCCCUAACCGUGGGAGCCGGCUCUAGCAAGGACGAGCUGCAGGCAACGAUCGAGGCGAAAACGUUCUUCGGUGCCCGGCACGGGCUGGAAACGCUGUCCCAGCUGGUACUGUACGACGACAUCCGGAACGAGCUGCAGAUGGUAGCCCGGGCCCGGGUGUCCGAUGCACCGGCCUUCCCGCACCGUGGCCUCGCCCUGGACACGUCGCGCAACUUCAUCGAUCUCGAGUCGCUGCGCCGCACGAUCGACGGCAUGGCGAUGGUGAAGCUGAACGUGUUCCACUGGCACAUCACGGACUCGCAGAGCUUCCCGCUGGUGGUGAAAUCGCGCCCCACCCUGCACACCUACGGGGCGUACAGCCGGCAGGACGUGUACACGGCGGACGACGUCCAGCGGCUGGUGCAGUACGCGCUCGAGCGCGGCAUUCGCAUCGUGCCCGAGCUGGAUGCACCGGCCCACGUCGGCGAGGGCUGGGAGAAGCUAGGCGUGACGGCCUGCUUUAACUACCAGCCGUGGGAGAACUACUGCGUGGAGCCACCGUGCGGUCAGCUCGAUCCGACCAAGGACGCGGUGUACGACAUCCUGGAGGACGUGUACCGGGAGAUGAACGCCAUGUUUAACCGGUCGGACCUGUUCCACAUGGGCGGGGACGAGGUGUCGGUGCGGUGCUGGAACGCAACCGGCAGCAUCCAGCGCUGGAUGGGCGAGCAGGAAUGGGGCCUGCAGGAGGGCGACUUCAUGAAACUGUGGAACUACUUCCAAACCGAGGCACUGCGCCGGCUGGACAAAACGCUCCCGGUGGCGGAGGGUGGUAAGCCGCGCCCGAUCGUGAUGUGGACGAGCAAGCUGACCGAGUCGCCCUACCUCGAGCAGUACCUGGACAAGGACCGGUACAUCGUGCAGGUGUGGACGACGGGCAACGACAGCAAGGUGGCCAAUCUGCUGCAGAAGGGCUACCGAUUGAUCAUGUCCAACUACGACGCGCUCUACCUGGACUGUGGCUUUGCCGGCUGGGUGACGGACGGUAGUAACUGGUGCGCACCGUACAUCGGCUGGCAGAAGGUGUACAACAACGAUCUGAUGGCGAUCGGUGGCCCGUACGCGCAGCAGAUACUGGGCGGCGAGGCCGCCCUCUGGACGGAGCAGUCCGACACGCACACGCUGGACAACCGUCUGUGGCCCCGGCUGAGCGCGCACGCCGAGCGGCUGUGGAGCAAUCCGCGGGCCGGCUGGCAGAUGGCCGAGGCGCGCAUGCUCCUCCACCGCGAGCGGCUAAUCGAGGAGGGCAUUGCGGCCAACAGCAUUCAACCGAAAUGGUGCCUACAGAACGAAGCCAACUGUCCGAUCGGGGGCGAUGGUGGGCGUUCGUAAAAAGAUGAUGGAAACAAAACAAAACAAAACCGCAAAAGUAGAAACAUUAAGCUCGGGGUGUACAUUGAGGUGGCAGAUUUGGUUCAUCCCCCUGUUGUUUUGUUUGCCCUCCAUGACACCAUAAAAUUCCAAAUUCAUUCUGCUUCCCAAUUGGCUUCCGGUCGUUUGCUAACGUUACUUUCGUUGAAGUUUGAAAUUGUUAAAAAGAAGAGUGAAAAAUCCGACAGAAGCGAACAAAUUUGAGUAUAUAUAUAAAUAAAUGAUACUUGUUUAUUGUGUUUACACUUA